AUGGAUUGGCACGAUUCUGACCCUUCUGACGACGAAGUCAACCAUGACUCCCAGGCAGCCUCCAGAAAGAGGAGCAGUAGAGCCUGUGACCAGUGCAGAAAGACAAAGAGCAAAUGUGAAAGAGGUGCUGCCGAUUCUACUCAGUGUAAAAGUUGUGCGCAGGCAGGAACAGCUUGCACAUUUCUUGGCCCGAGCUACAAGCGGGGACCCCCGAAGGGGUACAUUCAUGCCAUUGAGCAGCGGUGGCACCAGGUCGAAUCCCUCUUGGGUGCGCUCAUGCAAUGCAACGAUCCUCGUGUGCAGAGCAUCGUCGCCGAUCUGCGCCAGGACGACCUAGCUCGGGAAAUUCUAGGAAGAGUAGAUUCAGGUCCUUAUGGUCCUUCCGGUCGUCGAAAUCAGCGCUCAGGAGCUACCAAAGAGGACUUCUUUGCGUCUGUCCUGAGGAGUAACGAGACAUCUCCUGCGCGGGAUCCUUCACGGUCACGAAGACAGUCUAGGGUAUCGAGAGAGAAAGUCUCAUCAGCUCAAGAUCGAGGACUCUCUGUAGUCCCUACCCAGGAGUGGCAGGAUAACCUCGCCGCCCGGCUAACUUCUGGGUUGGCAUCCUCGUCGUCAUCCACACCGUCUAUUUACGGAGCACCUUCUAGUUCUUCCAGUUCCAUUGAUGGUGCAGAGCCGGCCACCCAGAGACGUCGGCUGAAUGCUGCCUCCAUUGAGUCCCGUGUUGCAAAUCCAGAUUGGAGUAGGAUGUACACUAUGGAACCGUUAUCCGAAAGCGAAGAUCGUGAAUCAUUGAAAGACGCCACCGAACAUAUGGGCCAAUUAUCUCUGGACGAAAAUCAAGAGGUACCGCUUCGAUAUCAUGGCAAGGCGAGCGGUCUACAUCUUUUGAGUAGGAACUCGCGGACCGAUGAUCGAAACGAUGGAGGCGUAUGGAAAUUGCCUAUGGCAAGGGUCUGGCCACCGUCUAAGGAUCAUAUACUCCAUCUCAUUCAAGAAGAAGACAUCGAAGUGCAGCUACCGCCUUCGCACAUCCAGGAUCGACUCAUCGAACUGUACUUCGUGUACAUUCAUCCCGUGUUUCCCCUUAUACAUAAAGGUCGCUUUUUGCGGGAGUACCGUGCCUUCGAAUCGUUACAGCAAGAUAGUCCGAGGCCGUCAGAGACUGGAUCGUCACCAAAGCCAGAGGCCACGCAGAAACUGUCCGCGAUGCUUCUUCUCUCCAUGUUCGCUAUCACUGCUCGAUUUUCUGAUCAAGACCUUCCCCUGCCUACCAACGGAAAGAUGUGGGAAGCCGGCCGAAAUUACCAGGAAUCAGCAAGGAACAUACUCACCAAAAUCUUCCACCGUUCCCGACCUACUACCGUUCAAACUCUGCUGCUGUUGGGAUAUCGCGAGUUUGGAAUUGGGAGUAUGGAGCAAGGAUGGAUAUAUAUUGGUAUGUCUUGUGCGAUUGAUUUGGGACUAAAUCGUAACUCCGAUCAUUGGAAAAUUCACGGUGAAGACAUGUUCUCACCCGAAGAGACCCAGACUCGACGACAGAUCUGGUGGGUAUGUACACUCGCGGACAGGUGGGUCAUGGUCCCUCAAUACUUUAAACAAAGUUUGACGUAUGAUGUCGAUGCAGGGCGUCCAAUUAUCAUCAGAGAUGAUGACUUUGAUACUCCCUUACCGGAAGUGAACCAAGCUGAUGAGCAACAACCUUGGCGACCGCUACCAUCAGAUUCGACAAGUGCAGCCUAUCCCCCCACUCCCAAUGCGGUGAUGUACUGUUUCCGCGCCACCGCCACCCUCUGCGUUAUCCUAGGUGCCAUAAUAUCCAAAAUCUAUCCUGUACGCGCCACACCAGGGGUCUCUCGUCGUGCCUUGCUGUCUAGCUUUGAGUCCCAGCUGGAUCAAUGGUACAUCAGCCUACCUGAGCACCUGCGAUAUGAUACUGCCAAUCGGCGUAAAGUCCCGCCGCCGCACAUUCUCUUCUUGCACAUCAGGUAUUGGGGGUCCGUCUUGUUACUGAACCGAGCGUUCAUUCCUAAUUGGAAAGGCGGCGAAUUCACUUCCCGACAUUCCACAUUGGAGUUGAAGGCAUUUGACCUAGCUCAAGGCGCCGCUAGCCAUAUUGGUUCCAUCGUCACGGUAUAUCGCGAGACGUUUACGCUCAAACGCUGUUCCCCGUUCCUCACAUCUUACAUAUUCAUAACUUUACGGCCGUCGAAUGUCCAGGCAUCUCUGGGCUUGCGUCAAUGUAUGGCGGCACUGAAGGACAUGGAGGUAGUUUGGCCCAGUGCCUCACGCGCAUGGGAUCUACUAAAUGGGGUACAACUGACCUUUGACAAUGCUCAGACGUCGGAGGAUUCAAACUCUCCUGGGCGACAUAAACGACAAGCAGACAUUGCGUUCGCGCAGGAAAAGUCGUCUGACUAUUUGCAGCGAGAGGCGUUUGGAGAUCUCAAUGGACCCCCGCAGCAAGAACAGACAGAAACAGGGGUACAAGACCUGAGCACGCGGAUCAUGGCACACAUGCUUGGCCUGGAUAUACCGGGAAUCGAACCCUCCACAUCGUUUUAUCCGGGCUAUGAAUGGUGGCCCCGGAACGGGCAGAUAGCACAAGGGCCCACAGUGGAUGCGAAUGCCGUGGCUCCGCCGCUGAAUGAGUUAGACUUUGGGGGAGGGGGUUCGCGACAGGGCGGCGAGUGGCUGCAAAGUAAUGUAGGGGCAGGAGGGCUCCCGUAUCCGUAUAAUUUUAAUCAGUAUGGGCUAUAG